CUUCAAUCGUCUUUCAAACCUACUUAUACACUAGAAAAAAUUACUGCAAUAUCUCCCUCAAACAAUGUCAUGUUCGAAAUUCUAGUUAUUCAUAUUUUCCCGGCUUUGAUGUGUCACGGACAACAAUAAAAAAGGAAACGAGCUCAAAGUAUACCGUGACUCCUUUAAUCUGACCAACUCGGUGUUUGGGUGCGGGACUGCGGGAGGUUGAAAUGUUUUUGUGCAUUCGACAUGAGUUAAAAUAACGGAGAUAAAUGCAGUUGAGAGUACGGUCAUAUUCUUUGAAAAUGUUACUCUGAUAAAUUCUGGUAGUGGAAAAUUUUUAUGUAAACAUGAACAAGGCAUCAUCAUUGAGGAACAGAAUUGGCAAGGAAAAAUCACAUACAUAUUUGGAUAAUGCAGAAGAAAAAGUUAAAUCGUACAAGCCAAUACCCCUGCGCCAUUUUGUUCACUUUUUGUUUCUAAUACUGGUGGUGUGUAUCUUAGUGAUAAUAGUAGAAAAGAGGUUACCAAAGGGCCUUGGCCUUAGUGAUGAAAAACAACAUCCUGACAAAUUCAUAGCAGAAAGGGCUCACAAUAUCCUGAAGGGAUUAACCAGAAUAGGGCCAAGAAUUGCAGGAAGUUACGAAAAUGAAGUUCUAGCAGUCAAUUACCUAAUUAAUGAAACGAAGAAAAUUCUUCAAGAAGCGCACCAUAACCAUGUGAUAGAAUUAGAUGUUCACAGGACAAGUGGAGAUUUCAACUUGGAAUUUUUAGAUGGGAUGACCAAUGUUUACAGAGAUAUGCAAAAUGUGAUCGUUAAAGUUGGUUCACGCAUCAAAUCACCACACAGCUUACUUAUAAAUUGCCAUUUCGAUACAGUUAUAAACAGCCCAGGUGCAAGUGACGAUGGUGCAGGUUGUGCAGUAAUGAUGGAAAUUCUGAGAGUGAUCACAAAAUCGAAUAAAAUACUGCGGCAUAACAUAAUAUUCUUAUUCAAUGGAGGCGAAGAAAAUUUUAUGCCAGCUUCUCAUGGUUUCAUAACUCAACACAAAUGGGCUAAAGGAAUUCGUGCCUUUAUCAAUUUGGAAGCUUGUGGUGCAGGUGGUAGAGAAAUCCUUUUCCAAGCUGGACCUUACCAUCCCUGGAUUAUGGAAGCUUAUUCUGAAGAAGUGCCUUACCCAUUUGCUUCAUCGCUUGCCCAAGAAAUUUUCCAAAGUGGUGUUAUUCCAGGCGAUACAGAUUUUCGCAUAUUCAGGGACUUUGGCAAUCUUUCAGGGUUGGAUUUUGCUUGGUCGUCAAAUGGUUAUGUUUACCACACACAGUAUGAUUCCUUGGAACAAAUACCUCUAGGUUCUCUACAAAGAACUGGUGACAAUAUUUUGGCCUUAGCUUUGGGUAUGGCACAAGGACAUCAACUCUCUAACAUUGAACAUUAUAAAGGAGGAAAUUUAGUAUUUUUCGACUUCCUAGGAGCUUUCGUUGUUCGUUGGUCCAUGGAAGUUGCCGAUUUGAUCAAUAUUUUAACUGUGAUAAUUUCUUUAUAUUCAUUGUAUGCUAAUAGUAAAACAAUGGAAACCAGUGAUUAUAUACCGAAGAGAACAUAUAUAAAAAAAUUAUUUGGAUGUGUUGGAAGUGUUCUUUGGUCCUGGGUCUCUGCAUUGUUAGGUUGUUUAGCAAUUGCAUUUCUAUUGAAUAGUACUGGAGCUACAAUGAGUUGGUAUGCUAAUCCAGUAUGGAUUUUGUUUUUAUAUGUGAUACCUACAUAUACUGCUUGUAUGUUGACAAUUUACUUACAUGCCAGUUACUUCAACAAGGAAUUGAUACUGUCUCCUUGGACUCUUUUCCAACUUUAUUUUGAUGCAUAUCAAUUGUUAUGGACAAUAUUUCUUGCCUUAGGUGUGAUUGCCAGGAUAAGGUCCAGUUUUAUUGCAUUAAUUUGGGUUAUAGCAGCGACAAUAGAGAACCUUGUUAAAACACAGCUUUAUGGAAAAUGGAGAGAUUCCAAAUGGCUUUUACUCCAUAUUGGAGUUAUGGGGCUACCCUUUGUUCAAGGGUUUUACUUAACAAUAAGUGCUCUCUACCUUUUUAUUCCCAUAAUGGGAAGAGCUGGUGCUGCUUCAUAUGCUGAAUUCCUUAUUGCUAUAAUGGCCAGUGCCCAGUUUUGCGUGUUGCUAUGUUUUGCAGUACCCAUAAUUUUGCUAGUCCAGAAAAUGAAAAAAAUUUUCUCUUCAAUGAUGGGAAUUGUUCUUUUAUCUAUAGCUGUGCUUCUAUUGACACCUUUUGGAUUUCCUUAUUCUGGUAAUCCAAAAUGGCUGGCGCCUCAGAGGUUUAUGAUAGUACAUUCUCAAAGAAUAUAUCAUGAUAUAUCUGGAAAUGUGGAAAACAACAGCUCAGGUUUCUGGAUAGUUGACAUGGACAUCAAUAGUCCUCACAGUGUAGACAAAUAUGUACCUGAAAUGAGAUAUGCUAUAUCAGUAGAUCAGGAUUGUCAUGACUAUUUGUAUUGUGGUCUACCAUAUUUAGUACCAGUUUUGAACAUGUUGGGUAAGACCCACUGGAUCCCAACAAUGAGUGCACCUAAAACAACUCCUAUUCACUUGAAAUAUAGAAGAGAAAAUAUUUCUGCAGGACAACGUUUGCAUUUAGAAAUACGAGGUUCAAAUCAUAUUGGAAUAAUGAUUUCCCCAGUUUCUGGUAUAGACUUGAAAAGUUGGAGCUUGAACUCUAAAUAUCCCUUAGCAGGUCCUAAGUGGCACGGAAGAGAAACAUAUUUUAUUUAUUAUGCUCACGGUUUAACUCCGAAACCUCUGAAUUUCAGUAUAGAUUUGAAGAUUCCUUCAAAUUACACAGGCUAUGUAAUAGACCUAGCCAUCAGCACACAUAACCUAUUUGGAGAAGGGAAGGAGUCAAAACCUCUGCAGAAAUUUAUCAGCCGAUUCCCUCCAUGGACUACUGUAACGUCAUGGACUGCCACUUAUGAAUCAUGGUUACUUUGAUACUAUUAUAGUGGUAUAAAUUCACGAAGCUUAUUUUGAAUAUCUCUCUUACGGGGUAAUAAAAUAUAGACUUAUGUAUAUAAAAUUUUACUGAGCAUUUCUGAAGCAUUAUAUACCAAAUUGUUUUUUGUUAUGGUAAGAGCUUAAAAUGAGAAAAUUCGAAUAUUUAGCUUACAAAAUUGUUCUUGAAAUAAUAAAGACUUACUCUACAA